AUGCGUGUGUUGCGUGUACAUGUCGGUUAUCGAUUUGCUCUGCUCGUCUAUCGCCUACUCUCUGCAGUCCACUCAUUUUUGGCCCACUCAAAGGGGCACACAGACGGCAUCGCCAAUGCCCAUCCACUUUCCGCGUCCGACGGCCAGUUCAUCGGAUGGCCUCUUGAGGAUCUGUACGUCCUUGAUAUUCGUUCGGUGGUCAACUCUCUCUAUCUCUCUCUCGCCGUCUUCGGCCCUGGUUGCAAAAAUCCUGCGGCUUUACGGCCCUGCUGCGCCUCUGUUAUUAGGCCCCUGACAGGACGACUGAUCUCGUCUCGCCUGACUGAUCUUGCAACUCAUCCUCCCCUCGCCCCCACCCUUCACUGUCGUCUCGACCAGCGGCUCCCUCGUCGUCUGCACUUCCUCUUCAUCCCUCUGUCAUCUCCUUCUACCUUGGUUUGCACCGCUCUCUUAUUUGGCCCGACCUUUCAGUGUCCCGGCUACCAUGACAUUUAUCGCGGGCUCACUCUCUCUUUCAUGGACUUUCUCUCUCUCUUUCUCACUGUGGUUCUUUUACACAUCCUCUCUUUCACACACACACACACACACUCUCUCUCUCCUCCACUCUCUCUGCUCGUGAGAGUGUGCAUACCGACUUGCCUACUCUGCCAGCCUAAUAGAGCACAGCACAUCCUCCUUCUGCCUUUAACUCGUUGGAUCAAGCGCUUAAUGAGCCUACAUCCUCACCGCCGUAGACCCAAGCACCCUCAACACCCUAGCAACCCGGUACCGCGUGCCAUAAUCAGACAAGCUUCGCCAGGUCUACGGCCUGAUCUGCCACUAUGGCCUGGCACUCAGUCAGGCUGGCUGCGCGCCUCGGCACUGACCGCUUCUCUGAGUACGCGGAAGGCCUGUAUAUCACCAGACGUGAGUAUGAAGCGACUACGCCUCUCUGGCUCGCCUCAUCUUGACUGCGUCAGCAUUUGUCCUAUUCUUCAUUCUGCCCUGUCUGAUCGCUUGGCGCUUCAUCUGUGCACAGCUCAACAUCUCUCUCUUUCCUCGAUUCUCUCCCGACUCUUCAGUUCUGGGUAA